AAAGAUUUUCAGAAUUUGUAGAGUGAGAAGUAUCUUCAGUGAAAAUUCAACUUCAGUCUUAACUGUCUGUCUCCAUCCAUCCCCUCAUAGGCUCAAAUCCGGGUUACCCAUUACCCGUAGAGUCAUAUCUGUGAUGAGAAUAUUUUUGUUAUUGAACUAGGAGUUAGUUUAUGGCUUGUCCAUCUCCGUGUGUUGAAUGGCUGUGGAGGCAGUGGCUCUGCUAACAUCCUAUAGAUUCACAGGUGGCUCUCUUCUAAACCCUAGGGACCAGAGCAGCCCACCCCCCACCCAAAGCUCCCUUCUCCCCAUUAUCAUGGAAAUGAGGACCCUUUAAUUAGCUGAAUCCUUUCAUUCCGAAACGUGCCGGGGAAAGAAAGCUAGCCAUCUGCUCUGACAGCCUUGCCCCCCUACCACCCCCCAUCGUCUUUUUGAAAAGUGGGCAACCCAUGCUACAACAGACAAACAGGGGUGUGGUGUGUGUGUUAGGCAGUUGGUGUGUAUUUAUUAUGUGUGUGUGUGUGUGUGUGUGUGUGUGUUAGGUGCCUUGGGGAAUUCUUAUACCCCCUUCAGACCGAGGUCCAACCAGGGUCAUGGUGUGGGAGGACAUUAAGGCUAGUGUCCUGCAUAAGAGACACACGUCCCCCUCUUCCAACCUCAUUUAUGAUACACAUUCAUAUUCCGUCUAAACUACAGACAGAGACACCCGAUAGAUAGAGGGAGCUCUGCAGAGGCAGAGCUGAAAUUAAUACUCAGCCCUGCAGCAAAUGAGCAGCACAAUACCGAUGGAGGAGUCUGUGUGGACACUAUUCAUCACGUCCGAAGAGACUAUUCACCAGCUGUCUCGGGCACUCGCCUCUUGUUUAACUUUUUCACUGCUGCAUUGUUCCUUGGCCCACUCUAAAUGCCCACGCUCCCUCCCCCGUGGCGUAGUGUGCUGCCCGUGAAAGAGGUUUCGGAGCUUCUGUUAGAAAUUGUUCGUGGGAACGAUCAUGGCUACGGUAGGGUAGGACUCCCAACUCGAAACUACCUAGUCUCUUCAAUAACUGUAGGUUCAAGACUCAGCAAGUCCUGAGAUAGGCUACCGCAGAGUUAGAAGUAAACUGACAAACAUUCAGACAUCACACAUCUUUAACACAUUCAAAAAAUUUCGAAAGGAAAAUAAGCGCUCCCUCUAAGGCAAAUGGUACAGGCCACGAGACAGAUGUCCCGCACGACUACGCCCCUCGGAUGCAUCACCACCCCUGUGUCCGUGCAACAUCUGAUGUUCAGCGAGACUUUUCAUCUGUGUUCCCAGUAAAAGUUAAAGCGACUGAGGAUAUGGAUUAGCAUUCUCGCAAUUACUGAAUGGAUCACGGAACUACCACAACAACUUAAGGAAAUAUUUAAAGCUCUCUUCUGAAGUCAAGACAAAAGGCUUUGUCACAAAGACAUGGACUGCAAGGAGGACAUCAGUGACUCUGAUAGUGGCAUCAUGCUACACUCUGGCCCCGACAGCCCGACGUCGCCCAUGAAGGACCUGACGACACACACGCGGGCCAUGCGGCUCAAACACCAGGACCUGGAGGAGAGGCUGGGGCUGUGUCUGCUGGAACUCAGGAAACUCUGCAUACGGGAGGCGGAGCUGACGGGAAAGCUGUCCCCUGACUACCCCCUGGGCUCCGACCAGAAGCCUCCGCAGAUCCGCCGGCGGAUCGGAACAGCUUUCAAACUGGACGAGGGGCUCAUUCACCAGGAUGGAGAGGAGUCCGUGCUCCACUCUCUGGAGGCCGAGCUGUCCCUGCAGAGGCAGAUCUGUGAGGCGGCGAGGCGGCUCUCCCUGGAGGAGCACCUGAGCAAGCCGGUGAGGAAGAGCCGCCUGCAGCAGUGCAAGCGCGAGGAGAGGAAGAUGAGGGACCUGCAGGAGGCCGUCUUCCAGCACCGCGUUCGCCACGGCUGCCAAUCACCACAGACGUGCCACGCCAAACAGAGAGACUUGAGCAUUUCAGAUGACAGCUCCCUCUCUGAUGCUGCCGCAAUGGAUGACGAGAGUGACUUCAGCCCGUCAUUGGUGCAGAGUUUAGCCGAAUCUCCCCGCUCCUCCCUGAGCCCGUCGCACUCCACGUACCCCAGCUCCCAGAGCGUCUCCCUGAGUGUGACCAGCUCCACCUCCAGCCUGGAGAACCAGCGCUGCCCCAUCCAGAACUCGCCCUGGAGCGAGUCCAGCCUGGACCAGCCGUACCAGAAGAGCAAGAAGCCCACCUCAGCCAGCAGCAGCCGCUCCAGCAGCCCCUCGGGUGCCCCCGUCCAGGCUGAUGUGAACCUCCACCUGGCGGACCUGCCGCCGCCCAUGCAGCUGGUCUCCAUGAGAAACCUGGCACUGAUGCCCACCGUCUCCACGAGCGCCCCCUCCACCCCAGAGCUGCCCGUACGCCGCCAGCUCUCGCAGUCCUUCAGGCUUCCCAAGAGCAAGCCCGACUUUGGAAAGUUCAGCUCUGACCAGGGUCGCGGGCGGCCCAGAUUGCCACGACGGCGCGUGGGCGAGCUGGCCGUGGCCUCGCCGGAAUACUCGCCUCUGCGCCUGUGCCAGUCGAGCUCCGAGGACAGCAGCUCCGAGCAUUCCGUGCCAUCCUACGCCAGCUCACCCUGCCGUGAGGGAUCGGUGAAAACCGGAAAACCCAUUCCGCCGCCAUACGCAUACCACCUCAGCUCACAGCUCAAAGGGACCGCUGCCGGCGAAGCCCACGGCUACAAGAACAACGGGCAGCACCACGGGCAGCGCCCAGCGCCUAACAACGAGGCCAACGUCAACAGGAACAACCAGCGCCUCCCAGGGACCAACAACGACGCCCUCAAUAACAAGAACAAUCAGCACUACCCAGCAUCCAUCAAUAACGCCAACAACUACAACAACAACCAGCAGCAUCCAACACCUAACGGCCUCAGGGGUGUAGUAAAAGAAGGCUCAUCUCUCGAGGCGGAGAUGGGCAAACUACGUGUAGACUCCCCUUCCCCCGCCAGACCUGCUGCCCUAAACAACAGCUCCCCUAAGGACGUCCCUUUGCCCAAAAGAGCGGUCAAGCCACCACCACCCCCUUACACCCGACUGGUGCGCACCCCCUCGCUGAAGGAGUACCCCACCCAUGCCAGCCGGCUGCUGUUGCCGCGGGAGAUAGUGUGCGAGGAGCUGAAGUCGUGGCAUCAGCGCAAUAACAGCCUCCGAGGGCCGCGGCCACUACCGCUCGUAAGGCAGGGGUCGCUCCGCGUGAAACGGGCCCCCAACCGCGAGCCUCCGGCUUAUCAGCAGGCCCACGCACAGAAGCAGGCCCCACUGAAGGUCAUCCUGCAGAGAGCUCCGGACGGAACUCCCCUGCAGUGGUUUGAAGAGGAGGAUGCUGAGAUUGUGAGUCAGGUUUAAGCCCAGUGCUCCGGACAGAACUCCCCAGCGCUCCGGACGGAACUCCCCAGUGCUCCGGACGGAACUCCCUUGCAGUGGCUUGAAGAAGGGGAUGCUGAGGAGAUCGUGAGUCAGGUUUAAACCCAGUGGGUCCAAAAUGGCGCAUGGUGUUCCCUACCCUCGUACACACACAACCGGAGACUGUUAUUUAUUUAACAUUUGGUGUGAAUGAGUCAGAUAGACUCCAAUAUACCCUCUGGUAGAAUACGAAGUGUGAUUACACUGAUUGGUGCUGAGUCAUUGAUUUAAAUGGCAUUAAGGCACAAAUGACCAAUAUUUAUGAAUUGACGUAUCUUAAAAUUUUAAAGUCUGAGACUUCUUUGUAAGGCUUGCUGCCGAUCUAUUUAUUUUUGGAUAUAUUUAUACCCGACCACAAACACCAGUACACACUGUUGACCAGGCUUUUUAUCACUGCCACUCUAUAAAGUUUUUACAGAGUUUAAGAAAAGUGCAAAUUCAAGAACCCCCACAUGUCAUGUGUCUGGUACACUCUUUCUCUGCGCAGAGCCUGACAUGAUGUUUAGUUCUUUUAUAGUUCUUUGGCUGCCUUUUACUUAUUUAAUCAAGUAUUUAAAUGCUGCAGAUAUUUAGUAAACUUUAUUUAAUACCUGAUAUUUAAUGCUUUUGUUUUUGCUAGAUGCUGCUAUUGAUUGUAUUUUUGUGCAUCUUAAGCAUGAGGUUUCCUGAGUGCUGUGUGGAUGUCCAAACGGAAAGCACAAAUAGAUUAUACUUAUUUCAAAGACCACUGUAUGUGUUGCCUUGUACUAACCUUGUAGUAUCAAAUUACUGUUUGUUCGUUUAUAAUAAAAAAAAGUAUAUUGUCAA